GCAGAAGGAAGCCGCGUAGGAAGCGAAACGGUCGAAGGAGGCGGAUGUGAACGAGAAGUGUUUAAAGGCCCGAAGAUUCUGCCUUCGCAGCAACUGGGCGCUGCGGUCGCUCCAUGGCCGGGCGCAACCGGCCUCAUAGCUUCGGUCACUGCUGACGACAUGGCACACAAAGGACACAGCGGGGUAAACCAGCUGGGGGGUGUCUUCGUCGGCGGUCGGCCACUUCCGGACUCAACACGGCAAAAGAUCGUCGAGCUUGCACAUUCGGGCGCACGGCCAUGUGACAUCUCCAGGAUACUACAGGUCAGCAACGGCUGUGUCUCCAAGAUCCUCGGCAGGUACUAUGAGACCGGAUCUAUAAGGCCCAGGGCCAUAGGCGGCAGCAAACCGCGCGUGGCAACGGCAGAAGUCGUCAGUAAGAUCUCGCUCUACAAAAGUGAGUGCCCGUCCAUCUUCGCGUGGGAGAUUCGAGAUCGCUUGUUGCAGGAGGGAGUGUGCACGAACGACAACAUCCCGAGCGUGUCCUCGAUCAACAGGGUACUGAGGAAUCUGGCCGCGCAGAAGGAGCAGAGGCAGCAACAACAGCAGCAACAAGGGGUGGGCGCCGUGGGGGUUGGCGUCGGUGCCGGCAGUCCGGCGGAGAGCGUUUACGAUAAACUCAGGCUACUAAACGGUUGACCCAAUCCCUGGUAUCCGUCGAGCGCGGGAAGUCCGUUUUCGUCGAUACAAUCUAGUUUGAGUCCGAGCCAUUGUUCGUCUCUGCCACCGGAUCCAGCGGAUAUAUUGCACGCGAAGAAAGUAACCGAGCUCGAGGGUGGCGCGCACUCGGACGAGACGAAUAGCGGGGGUGACAACAGCAACGCUGGCAGCGUGUCAGGCGGCGCCGAUGACGAUCAGGCGCGUCUUCGCCUAAAGAGGAAACUGCAAAGGAAUCGCACGAGCUUCAGCAACGAGCAGAUCGACGCGCUCGAGAAGGAGUUUGAAAGAACGCAUUACCCGGACGUAUUCGCCAGGGAAAGACUUGCCGGCAAGAUCGGCCUACCGGAGGCGCGAAUACAGGUCUGGUUUUCGAAUCGGCGGGCCAAGUGGCGGCGCGAGGAGAAAUUGCGCACGCAACGGAGGGAUAAUCCACCACCGCCACCGCAGCAGCAGCAACAGCAACAACAGCAACAGCAACACACUGCCGGCGUGAGUCUAGUGGGUGCUGGCCAUCCGACGCCGCCGCCACCCUCGGGGAUACUCGGGGGCCAGCCGCCUCCACAGGCACCACCCUCACCCCCUAGAAUACAUCAUGGGUUUGCGCCCACCGCUGUGUACCCCGGAAUACCCAGCAUGCCUGAUUCAUACAGCCCGAUGACGUCGAUGCCGAGUUUCACGAUGUCGGGCGCCAGCCAACAGAAUCAGCACACGACGAGUAGCAUGUCCUCCCUAUCCACCGGGGGUGGCAUGAGCCCGAUGGGUAUGACCGUGGGUAUGACCGUCGGACCGAGCCCUGGCGCGUGCCUCCAACAACGGGAUAACGGCUAUUCGUGCGGAGUCGCGAGACCACCGAGCUACGAGCCCCUUCACCUUGGUUACGGCGCCAGGCCAACCUGCAGCCCUACGCAGCCCUAUCACGCGGCGAGCCUCAAUCAGUACAAUCAAAACGCCAGCUCGACCGGUCUAAUAUCACCUGGCGUGAGUGUGCCGAUCGCGGUACCAGGUCAACCGGCACCCGACAUGGCGGCGCAAUAUUGGUCACCGAGGCUGCAGUGACCGUGGUGGUCGUCGAUGUCGACCUCAUCUCCGUAGACUUGAGCUUCUUCAUCUUUCUAGCUUACCGUGUCGCGCACGAGAAAAUGACACACGGUCACGCGAUCGUGAAGCGUCAAGUCUCCGGAAAUCCACGUGUUAUGGUCGAUCAUGCGUGCGACUGUUCCGUAGUAUAAUAUAAAAUAAAUCGAAGUGGGCUAUCAUACCCGUACGUCUCGUUCAAGCCAAAGUUCCAUGUGGAAACGAGUUUGAUCUGUCCGUAUUCGCGUCCGCUCUAUUCUCGUUUUAUAUUUUAUUUUAUUUUAUUAUUUGUCAGACGAGUGCAUUAUUUCGGAAAAUUUCGAGGAAACGUCACUGCGAAUUCGCUGGCGCUUACUAAUGAAGAUCAUCCGAAGCACAAAGAUCUCAGUUUAUUCUGUAACCUCCGGUGAGGGCGAGGAACUAGAUUCAUUACUGAAUGGCUCUAGCGUGACUCCGUUUGUGUAAACUAACAACAAAUCUACGGUGUAGUACUCGUGUAAUUACAAUACAA